ACAAGACGAGGGAUAAAUGACAAGGGAUAUAUCUCUUGUCUUUUAUCCCUCUAUUCCCCACUAUUCACGGAGCCUGAGGUGAAUAAUUGUUAAUUAAAUAGUCUAGAUAGAUAGCCUAGUCAAGUCUUUAUUAAUACCAAACGACACAAAUCGUCGGGAAUCCAUUUAGGUGGUUCGGCCCACACAGGACAGUAGCCUACAAGACCACACAGAACAAGUCUGACUGGACAUACACACAAUACAUCACAUUAAAACUAGACACGCGUUGAUAGAUAGAUAGACAGAAAGACCUAGAUAGAUAGAUAUGUUCCAUUAUUUGCCUUGCGGAGCCAACCAGUCCUGUGCACGUAUGCAAAUUAGCCAUGUGCGCUAAUGUCUAUUUGUUUUGAAUGCGACGAAUGAGUGCAGAUCAUGAUUUGCAGAUCCAGAUCAGUGAAACAUAUUUCAACUACUACAGCACGCAGGUUUUUUUGUUCUCGGUUGUAAUUAGCCUACAUUUUAGGAUUUUUUUUUAUAUUGGGGGGAAUCACUGUCCUACUUGUUGUCGAAGCACUUUAUCGAACAAGCAAAACCGUCUCGGCAAUAUGGCCAAGGUGUAUGGGAGAGUUCACUAUUUGAUAUGGCUGUCUGUAGGGCCUACUAAACGCAUACGGCUCCUUUAAAUGCGUCUGCAUAAUUGAAUUGUACGUCAUGAGGGACUUGAGCGACCAAAGCGAACAGAAAAAUUCGCAGCGAAACUUUGUGAGCGACCAAAGCGUCUUUGACGCUUUGGUCGCUCCUGGUGUGGACGUACAGUUAGUCUAGCCGGAGAUCGGCUACUUAAAUCGGCGUGCGCAGCUUCCUAGCCCCUCCUCCGACAAUGGCGUCACCAAUUUUGGGUGUUACCGUGGACCUCGGUGCACGUAUCGUACAGGCGUCUCUCCGGAGACAGAGGGUUUUUCAGGACAGAACUGAUCCCCUGGCAUUUUCUGACCAAAUUCUUUAUGAGAGAUACAGAUUCUCAGCAGAGGGUAUUCGUUAUCUGAUCGACCUUGUUGGACCGUAUGUAGGCAAUGUGACACAAAGAAGCCGUGCACUUACUGUUGCGCAGUGUGUCUGUGUUUCCCUGCGAUUCUUUGCCACGGGCACAUAUUUACAUGCAGUUGGUGAUGCGGAACGUAUUGGCAAAAAUACGGUGUGCCGUGCCAUACACAAGGUUGUAGCUGCGCUCAAUAUUUUGCUCCAUAGGUUCGUGGCGUUUCCCAGCUUCUUGCCAAGUCAAAUUGUCAAGGAAGGAUUUUACACACUUUCAGGAUUCCCAAAACUGAUUGGAGCUAUUGACUGUACCCAUGUCCCCAUCACUGGACCUUUAGGGGAACAUGAGGCUGACUUUGUGAACAGAAAGUCAACCCAUAGCCUCAAUGUGCAGAUGACUUGUGACCAUCAACUCAUGGUUACCAGUGUGGAUGCCAAAUGGCCUGGCUCGGUCCAUGACUCCCGUAUUUUUCGGGUCAAGUUUUGCCGACAGUUUCAGGAAGGCCGUUAUGAUGGAAUUCUUGUUGGGGACAGAGGGUAUGCCUGCAUGCCAUUCUUAAUGACACCAUACGGCGACCCACAGAGUGAAUCGGAGGCACGGUUCAACAGCACAUGCCGGGUGAGGAUCGAGAUGACCUUUGGAAUUCUCAAGGCCCGCUGGAACUGCCUCCGUGGUUUGAGGGUCAAGCCGGAGAGAGGAAGCCAAAUCAUCACGGCAUGUGUGGUGCUCCACAAUAUUGCAUCAAUUCGGAAAGAGAGAGCCCCACAUGUGCCAUUGGUGGCAGAUGAUGUGGUGGACCCCAUCACGGUGGAUCAUCCCACAGGAACGGCGGUCAGACGGGCCAUCACUAACCAGUUUUUUGGUUAGUUUUUUUGUUUCGUUUCGUUUCCCUCUUUGAAGGAUGAUUUUUAUUUUUUUUUAGGGUUGGGCAAGUCAACGCGUUAAGUACGCGAUUUAUUUAACGGAAUUAUUCCAAAUGGACGCACGUUCUCUUUUGGAGCCUUUUUUUUUUUCCCAUUUAGAUUUUCCAAGGUCUUGCCCACAGAAUGUCAACAUAUCAGAAAUGAUUUUCGUUUAGUUU